CGCAACACCUUUUAUUCCCUCUUUUCCAAUAUGUACGAGCACUUUCAUCAGAUCAGGGACGAAUACCACAUAAAACACACUUGUUUAAACUUACCUUACAACUCUAUUUUUCCAAGGUUAAAAGGGAUAAUUAGUUGGCUAAAUGAAUCUACCCCAUUUCAUGUGCAUUUUAACUUUUCCUCAUUGCUUCUUGUCUUUUCCAAAUAAAAUGUUUUACAUAUCCCCCAACAAUAAAUGCAUCCUUCCUUUGACCCCAACAUUCACUCUGUUCCUUAACUAACAUUAGCUGUGCAAGACCAACUUCACUCAUGGAACCACCAAAAAGACCUUUGAGCCUUCCCUCAGCAAUAAUGUUUCUUCUUUGAAGAACCAAAUACUUGGUUUCCAACUGUGUAGAAUCCAACGUAGCAAUGGGUUGUUGUGUGAGUUCUAGUCACAAAACCUCCACCUCGCCACUAAGAAAGUUCCGUGGUUCACCGCAACCUCUCACUCAUCGAGAGAAACCUCAAGAAAGCAGCAGAGAGGAAGAAAGUGAGACAGUGAAGCAAGUUCUCUUGGAAGCCCGGAAACGGAAUCCAACAACCUUUGCCAAACCAAAACCUCAAAAGCCACUCCAAUACAAGGUCAGAGAUGAACAGAGCAAAGUUCAGAAAAAGUCUUUGCCCAUUUAUAAAGCGGAAGACCCCUCGGAUGAAGUUUGCAGCUUGAGCGAAACCGUGUCCACAACUACUUCAAUCACCGAGCCAGGACAAGAAACGCGCAAAAGGGUCGAUGUAUCUCAGGCCAAAUUGCUGAAAAAUCGUUCCUUUCCCGGUGAGAGAAGAGAGAGAACAGUGCAUGGUCCAAGGAACAAUGUUAGGUCUGUGAGGCUGGUUCAGUGCAGAGACCAAACGGCUCAGAAAACGGGCAGCGGUGGAACACUUCGCCGGCAAGAUCCAGCCGAGAAAUCUUUCCGGCAGUCAAGGUCGCCGGCUACCGGAGGAUCUAGGUCCGUUGUGGGUCGAAACCCAUCUGUGAGAAAAACUAACCGUUGCCCGGCAAGGGUAAUAACAAGCACGGCGGGAAACGAUUGCCGGAGAAAGGAGAAUCUGGCGACGGCAAGGAAAUGGGUUUCUGGCGGCGAGUCACUGGAGAAUCCACUUGUGUCACUGGAAUGCUUCAUAUUUAUAUAGGAUGUUGUGAUUGUGCAGCAACGGUGGUGGGUGGCGCCACCAGUGAGCCACCGUUGAGUGGGUGAGCUAAGUGUGAAGUGAUGUUAUGAGUACUCGUCAUUUAUUAUUUCUGUACUUUCUUGAAUCUUCUUAAUUACUUGUGCAGUGUGGGUGUAAAUAUGGUAAGUCAAAGGUCUGAAAUAGUACAUUGUCUUAACUUUUGGACUGUGACAAUGGCAAGGUCCAAAAACAAAACAAAAAAAGGUAAAAAAUUCCUGCAGAAGAAUUUAAAAAACAACUGAAUUUGUUGGUAGAAUAGACCCAAUGGAUGGAGUGGCAGGUUUUGGAAAUUAGCCUCUGCAGGAAGAU